AUGUUCUCUCGAGAAGCAGUGCUGACACUGCUUUUACACUCCUUGUUCUUGCUGUCUGCACACGCCGCGCAGGGCCUGGAUUAUGAGGACCCAUUUGAAGACGAAGUUGCCCAGUGCCAGAUAACCGUGACACGAGACAUGAUGAUAUCUUUAUCGAACGCGCUACAAACCGAGGUUCGGUGUGACGAGGACCUUUGGGGCAACUUUCUUCUCCAAUAUCAUCUAACCCAGAAAAACCUAACCGAUUGUAUGGAGCGAACCAGCACCGUUGACAACUCUAGCAAUGUUUUCUGCCAAGAGCUGCUGGACGAUGUGCAGCGCCAGAUGGAGCAGGAACAUCGGAAGCACACCGCCGAGCUGGAGGAAAAACUACACGCCGCUCAACGGGAAGCCCGACAAUAUCAAGACGAGAAGGCAGUGCUGGAGAAAAAGUAUGACCAGCUGCUAAACGAACGUACCGAGAUGGUGCUGGACCUGUUGCUAGCUAACAUUGCGAUCGGUGACAUCAAGCAGGCGAUCGUCUACUAUCGUCAGUAUCCCAGCCAACCUACCUCAAACAAACUGCACGAACAGAUCGUACGGUCUGUGUAUCGCGUGACCACGCACCAAGACCAGCGGCUGCUCAAUCUGAUCAGCUUUGUACGGAGCAUUGACAGUACCGCGGCUAAGCUCGCCCUCUACCGGCUCAUGCUCGGGGAGAUAAAGAAGCGAACGAAUCAGCGGGACGGAUACAUUGCGGCGGUGUUUGCACUCAACGUGAAAGCCGACCGCAACGUGUACACAACCGACCCGACACUCUACACCGAUCUGAUGGUCCCGCUCGAGACGCUCUGGAAGGAUCAGCUCGCGGACGGAGACUACAAAGCGGUUGUUGAUUUCGCUAGACGUCAGCCGAAAUACUACGAGCAAAUGCAAGACACCCUGGCCACGGUUGACAAAGCCAAAUGGGGUACGUUGAAGUUUGACAAGUUUGUACUGUACUUCAACUCAUUACCACAGGCAGUGCAGCGUGUGGCUGUACUGCGUAGGAUCUUGGAGCAGAUCGGGGAGCAUAGCAAAGCAAACCCUCGGCAGCAUCUGGUGCUGGCGGCAAAGCAACUAGACAUUUGUGAAGUGUUCAUGACCAGAACCAAGGCAGAUCAGAAUGUCAAACGCACGCUUGAAGAACUGAAAGGUCAGUUUGCAAAGCUUACACCCGGAAAGGAUUACAGGUAUUAUUUGAAUGAGUCGCGCAAAACCUCCGGAUAG